GAUUUAUUGGUGGGUUUGGCGGUGCUACCAUUUUCGGCUACAUGGGAGGUGUUUAAGGUUUGGAUAUUCGGUGAUGUCUGGUGCCGCAUUUGGUUGGCCGUUGAUGUAUGGAUGUGCACGGCAUCAAUAUUAAAUCUCUGUGCCAUAUCUUUGGAUCGUUAUGUGGCGGUUACAAGGCCGGUUACUUAUCCCAGCAUUAUGUCGACAAAAAGGGCCAAAUCUCUAAUUGCUGGCAUUUGGGUUUUAUCGUUCGUCAUUUGUUUUCCACCGUUGGUGGGGUGGAAAGAUCAAAAGCCAAUGGCAGAGCCAACAUACACCAGGGGAAAUUAUACGCUUUAUUAUGCCACUAGUACAAGUGAUGAAGAAGAUGGUGAAUAUGGCGGAUUUGAUGCCAGUGGCAGUGGGGAUAGCUCGUCGUCGGCAAGUUUUUCCAAUGCCAACUAUGAAACCUAUAGUCCGGAGCAUAUAACAGAUGAUGACUAUGGCUCAUCAACUACCACCAGCAGCCGGAGUGCCAACAGUGCUAUCACCAGCACUAGCACGAGCACAAGUAGAACUACCAGCAAAGCCACUAAAAUCCCAUCAACUACAUAUGACUAUGUGGAUUCAUUGCCGUUAUCAUCGCCACUACCACCACCACCGCCGCCACCACUAACACCACCACCACCCUGUCCCUGGAAAUGCGAGCUAACAAAUGAUCGCGGUUAUGUUCUCUAUUCCGCCCUCGGCUCCUUCUACAUACCCAUGUUUGUAAUGCUUUUCUUUUACUGGCGCAUUUAUCGGGCGGCAGUGCGAACCACACGAGCCAUUAAUCAGGGAUUUAAAACCACUAAGGGUAAGUAGCAAAGAUUUCGUUUU